CAUAGAGUUCGACAAGUCCCAUCAAUUGAAUCUCUCACGCAACACACAUCCACAAAUGAAGUUCGUGGGGAGUGAACAGCAACCACAAGAAGAUGAUCGUCGCCAGCUCCCCAAUUCCACCAUUAUUAAUCCUUCCUCACCUCUUAAUUCCCACCACCACAACAAUCAUAUCUAUCUCUCUUUCCAUUUCCCCUUCGAGGCGAGAGAGCAGAGAGAGAACAGAGAAGAUCGAUCGGAUAUGGGCUGCGCCAGCUCCAAGAGAGUUGAGGUUAGUGUGGCCGCCGGCGUCUACCGGCCACCGCCCACCAGCUUCGCCGUCUUCGACAUCAACAAGAUCCAGGAGCCAUGGCUCAUAACCAAGUCCCAGCUGGACGACGAAGAAGAGUGUGCCGACGAAAAAGAGCUGACGAAGGCCACGGCCUUGCCCGUGGUGCUCCCUCUGCUCGAGAAGCUCGAAUCCUACGAGUCCGCUCCCAAAUCCUGGUCCGAGGUCAGCAAAGCACUCGAGGAACUCAAGCCCACGCUCACUUCUCCUCUUCCGACCAAUCAAAUUGAUCCCAAAGCCAAAUCCGAAGAGCUCGUUCCACCGCCGGAGUCGAAGAUUAAACCAGCUGCUGAUACCAACAACUCAGAGGUCGGAGGCCAGGUGAAGAAGCCGCCGCCUCCUCCUCUGCUUCCGCGGCCGUCGUCGUCGCCUCCGCGUUCCCGGCCGCCCGAGCUCUCCGGCUUUCGCUCCGUCAGGGAGAACAGCUUCCUGGUCCGCGACCGGGAGGAGCGAGAGCGGCAGAGUACUGCCGGCAAGGUAAUCCCAUGGUGGCGGCGCGACCCGCUGGAGGGGUACCCCGAGCGGCGGCCGCCGGGCAACCAUGAGGGCGUGGUGCUGUACACGACGACGCUGCGGGGCGUGCGGCGGACGUUCGAGGACUGCGAGACAGCGCGGCGGGUGGUGGAGGGACAUGCGCUGGAUGCGGGUGUUACGGUGGACGAACGGGACGUGUCGUUGCACGGGGAAUUCCUGCGGGAGGUGAGGGAGCUGGUAGGGGAGGAGGAGGAGGCGGCGGUGCCAAGGCUCUUCGUGAGGGGGCGGUACGUAGGCGGCGUGGAAAAGGUGGUGGAGCUGAGCGAGACGGGGAAGCUGAGGGAAAUGAUGCGAUGGGUGGCCAGGAGAUCAGCCGCUGGCAAAACUGAUGAUCAGAAGGGAGGUAGUAGUGGGGGGCGGAGGGAGUGCGAGGGGUGCGGCGGCGCUCGAUUCCUGCCCUGCCUGGAGUGCAACGGCAGCCGCAAGGUGGUGGGGGACGACGGCAAGACCGUGGAGAGGUGCGACGAGUGCAACGAGAAUGGCUUGAUGCUCUGCCCUCUCUGCCAUUAAUAAUAUAUACAAUCACUGCCUCAAACAAGAAGAUGAUCCUACAAGUAAUUAUAUAAAUAUGUUUGUGUGCAAAAUAAUUAAACACUCUAUUAAUUAUCAGUUGUAAUUCACAGAUAUAUUUGCAUGAUAAACUGUUUCUUA